UCCUAGUAAAAAACGGCUUCCGGUUGGCCUGGUAUCACCCGGUUUGUAGCGUGACGUCGCUGACGUAUUUCCGCCCACAGGCACACUUCCUUUCAGGUCGGACGGGAGCGAAAGAAAGAUCGUAGAAUGCUGGCCUCCAGAGCCCUGAGCCUCGUUGGCAGGCGUGCCCUUUCAACAUCUGUCUGCCUACGCGGGGGACAUGGUGUUGCUAAGAUCGAGCACUACACUCUCCCUGCCUACUUUGACGCACGGGAUGCUCCCCUCCCGGAUAUCCGCUAUGUGCAGAACCUGAGUCCAGAGCAGAAGUCCCUGAAGGAGAAGGAGAUGGGCCCCUGGGCUGCACUCUCUAAUGAGGAGAAGAUUGCAUUGUACCGCAUCAGCUUCAAUCAGAGCUUUGCUGAGAUGAACCGGUAUACACCAGAAUGGAAGACUGUGUUUGGAGCCCUAAUGGCCUUCGUUGGCCUCACUGGGCUGAUUGUGAUCUGGCAGCGGAUGUAUGUGUAUGGACCCGUCCCACACACAUUUGAUCCUGAGCACAAAGCAAAGGAGCUCCAGAGGAUGUUGGACAUGAGAAUUAACCCAGUGCAGGGCAUCUCAUCCAAGUGGGACUACGAAAACAAACAGUGGAAAAAGUAAAGGACCCAGAGGACCAUAAACCAUACUUGAAAAUAGAGGCAGACCAACUCAAAGAUACACGAAUACUUAUAUUUCUGUAUUUAUCAAUUGUCCACUUUACCUCAGUCUGUGCAUUCUGGAAGACCUCUUCCUCUUAUGGUCAUUGUGUAUUAUAGAAAUAAGAAUAAAAUGGUUAAACUGAAAA